AUGCGAAGGAGGCCUAUUUCAGAGUCACAUCUUGCCGAGGUGGCAAAGCAAAUGACGAUAGUAAAGCUUCAAGAUGCGCGUUUUGCCGGCUGCCAUGAAGCCAGCAAGCAACGGAUCACAAUUGUGACUCUAGCCAGUAGCUCAGCUCGGCACACCCACACACAAGAUGACAGACAGAGUUUACAAUUCACGCUAAUUAGACCGGGUGCGGAAGUUCGUGUGGAAGUAGACAGCAAGAGGGCUGUAUGUUGCGAAGCCGCCAUAUAUCGUGGCGACGAAAAGCCCGGACGUGUUGUGGUGUCUACGAGACUCUUACGAUGCCCGUUAGAGCAGGAUUUUAGGACAAAAUAA